AUGCAGAAUGUUUCGGCUAAGUCAGAUAAUCCCCCUGAGCAGGUCCCGUCACAGGACAACACUACCAUCCAACAACAACCCCCACAGAGCAACCCCAGCGACGACCAACAACAGCAACAACAGCAACAACAGCAACAACCCUCAGAAUCAUCUCUUGCUGAUUUAACAAUAACAACAACUGCAGAUAACAGUCCGUCAACCCUCUCUUCAGAAAAACCUAUUCCUACCGGCCCAGCUAGCUUCAACAAUGCCUCUACAACAAACCCCCCGGCAUCCAAUGGUAACAACUCUAACGGCCGUCGCGGCCGAUCUCGCUCUCGCUCAAUGUCCCGCUCUCUCUCCCAAUCCCGCUCUCGCUCUCGCUCUCGCUCUCGAUCGUGGUCUCGUUCACCUUCAUAUACCCCUCGCUCCCAACGUCACUCAUCUCACUCCCCAGCAGGCCGCUCCCCCUCAUAUUCUCGCUCCCGCUCCCGCUCCAGAUCUUGGUCUCGUUCCCACUCACCUUCAUACUCUAGAUCUCCCUCAAGAUCCCUCUCUCACUCUCCUGCUCGCGGAACUAAAACAGACAAUGGCGGCCGUGAACGCGAACGCGACCGUGAACGUGAACGCGACCGUGAACGUGAACGCGACCGUGAACGUGAACGCGACCGUGGUGGCCGUGGCCGUGACCGCGAACGCGAACGUGAACGCGAACGCGACCGUAGACAACCCUACCGCGAAAACCUCGUUAAGGUUGUUGUCGAUAACCUGACCAUGAGUAUCAAGGAAGAACAUAUUCGCGAGAUUUUUGGCGGUUAUGGGCGCAUUGAAAACGUCUGGUUUAUCAAUUCGCGAGCUCGUCGUCUCCGCAAUUUGCGUGGAUACUCUUGCUACAUUGUCUACCAAACUCCGGCAGAAGUCACCCGUGCCAUUGCAAGCAUGGAUGGCGGUAUGAUUGAUAAUAAUACCAUCACUGUGGCCCGUUUCUUGGGCUCCACCAGUAAUGGUGGCAGCUCUUCAAAGGGAAAUAACGAAGGCAAAGAUAAUAAUAAUAAUAUUAUUAAUAAUAAUGAUGACCAGCAGGCUGCUGGAGGUUCAAAGAGAAACCGCAGAGGCAGAAGACGCAAAAAUCGCAGAGACCGCAGAGAUCGUAAAAGCAAAGUCGACACUUACAGACCUAAACGUGAUGGCAAUGGAGCCCCCACUGGUGGAAAUGGUGCACCCAAUGACGCUUCUAGAUCUCCCUCGCCAAACCGUGAUUACUCUCCGGCAGAUCGCAGUCGUUCGCGCGAUCGCAGACGUCGUCGCGAAAGCCCGAGCCCUGGAGGAUAUAGUCGUAGCCGUUCCUAUACCCCACCACCUCGCCGUUCAUCUAAAUUUUAA